AUGGACUUCUCUGCGAAUCCUUGUGAAAGAGGCUCUACUGAGGCUGCGAACGAAUGGAAUCAUGUCUACACACAGCACAAGGGAUCGUUGUAUCGAGAUAGACACUGGCUAUGGGCUGUUUUCCCGGAGCUUUUCCCUCUCCCUCCACACUACAAGGGAGACUUGGACACUGAAACAUUUGCAUGCCACUGUGGAAAGGCGACAGCCAUUAGCAGUGCAUUGGUUAACGAAGUGAAUAUGCAUGGCCUAGCUUUGAGAGCCUGUUGCUGUCCAGUCUGCGAAUAUAGAGUUGUGUACCAAUCAACAUACGUAUACGCUCCCGGAAGACCUACACGUGGAGAAGAAGUUCCGUUCCCUCCUCGAACAGGACACGUCUGGGUCCUCGACAUAGGGUGUGGAACCGGGAGUCUAGCGUUUCCACUCCUCGAAAAGAACUCACAGGUUCGUCUACUCUCACUAGAUUACUCAGAAGAGGCCAUUAAAGUCCUCAAACUGAGAGAGCGUUACAACGAAGAGGUGAUCGUUGGAGAGAUCUGUGACAUCACAAGUCUUCAGAACUUGUCCGCCGCAUGUGCACAAUUGGCUACGCGAUUCACUCCUUCCCCGGUCUUCUACUAUGCAACGAUGGUCUUUGUUUUGAGUGCGCUGAAGGACAGCAACACCGUCAAAACAGCCAUCUCUAACGUCUUAUCGGUGUUAACGGACAACGGCGUGUUGCUAAUCUAUGAUUAUGCGGAAGGAGACUACCGUGAGGGAAAGUUCUCUGCAAGAGAGCAGAGCUCCCUUGACCGCUCUCCUAUGGACCGAAAGAACCACUACCUAGGAACUACAUAUCUGCGCGGCGAAGGCACACGGGCAACUUUCUUUUAUUUGGAAGCACUCAAGGAACUUUGCUCAGAGCUUGGGGUGGUUCAUGAAGCCUUGGUUCGAACGAAGGAAGAGUACAACAGAAAAACACAGGAACGAUGGGUAAAGAAAUAUCUGUUAAUUAAGGUUCGCAAAUCCUCGCAUGAACAGAAAUAG